AUGAUCUAUGUUUAGAGCUGCGAACUGUGAGUCACCAAGCAGCUCAAGUCUCGGCGGCUCACGUAGUUAUAGUACAAAAAAAACUAUAACUACUCUAACUAUAACUACUCGGCGGCUCACGUAGUUAAAGUAAGUAGUUAUUAUACAUGGCGUUGAGCUGUGAGCUGCCAAUUUAGUUGUUGAGCAGCAGCUCAACGGUACAAAUCUGUGACUCGAACUUUUGAACUGGUUCAGGUCUGAUUUACACACGUCUAGCUGCAGCACCAGCAGUUUUGUUUUGAUGGGCGUUUAUCAAACACGUGUUUGACGAGUUUGAAUGUAUUUAAGAUGAAGUUUUUUGGCAGUCCUCAUGUUUGACCUUAGUGUUUGACAAAUUUUAAUUCAAUUCGUUCGUUUAUCGGUAACAUGGAGAACGUUUCGGCAUUUUGCGGCACAAAUAUGGAAGAUGCUCUGUGUUUGUCAGAAAGAGAAUUCACUUCGUAUUUUAUAUCAAUUUACCGAGAGUUGCCAACGUUAUGGAACACAAAAUCGCGAGAUUACACAGACAAGCACAAAAGAAAAAUAGCAUUAACGAAAAUGACAAAUUUGUUGAAGAUGAUUCGCCCAAACAUUACUGAGAACGACGUGAAGAAAAAAAUAAACAUUUUGCGUACCAGUUACAAGCGUGAAGAGAACAAAAUUAUAAAGUCCAUGGCUUCUGGUUCCCAGGAUUCAUAUGUACCGUCAUUAUGGUACUAUAAUCAUUUACAAUUUCUACAUGAAGAAGAUGGAGAGGAUGGGGAGAAAGAAAUUAGCAUCAUAUUAGAUCAACAGGAAUCGUCAUCGUCACAUUCAUCAAUCUCAUCACCUUUAAAAUCCUCACAACCAGUGCAACGAAAAAAGAAAAAAAAGGACGAUUCCCAACAUAACUUUAUGAUGUUAGACCGAGACCAUGUCAAAAGGCCAGAAAAUGAAUAUGAAGUAAUGGCUACAAACUGGGCCUACAAACUGGAACGGAUGACUGCAAACCAACGACGAUUAGCAGAAAAGUUCAUAAAUGAAAUACUCUUUGAAGGCGAAGAAGGAAAUCUUAAUAGACAUUCCGUAGUAAUUAAUCCUAACAGUACACAAUCUAUUUCGUCGACACCUUUAAUAACAAUCCAAUCAUCUGAAAAUCCCAUUUCUCAAAAGUCACUAGUUCCACCAAAACAAACAACUUAGAGAAAAGUUUGUGUCGACCAGACCCAGUAACAAAUAAAAAAUACUACGAAAAUUUAGCAAUUUGAAGAUUCAAUUGUUUUUUUUUUCAUUUUAGGCUAAUGUUUUGUCAUUU